UCUAUAUAUCCUGAAGUUAUAAUUUUAAAUGAUUGGCUCACAAAAAUGCUUCCUUGCCACCAGCAGUGAUUCCAGUGAUUUUGUAGCCAUCCGUUUUUACUAUACGAAAUUCAACACCAGUGACCUUCUGCUCUGAAGUCACACUUUUAAAAUGCAGAAGCCGUUUCUGUCAGAAUAUGUAGAACCUCCUGAAGGACUUCAUAAACUUUUGGAAACAGACAGAGUUACUGUGAAGCAGAUAAAACUGGCCCAAGAUGCAAAAAAAUAUGAUGCUGUGAUGUAUGAAGCUGUACUGGAUACUGCUGAAUUACUGUUGAGAUUUGUAGAGAAAUCCAGUUUUGUACAACGUUUUUGGUGUGGUUCCCAUAGAGCUUUCGAUAUGGAAGUACGCAAUGUGAACGGGAAACUUGUUAUGCAUCUUCAAAGACCAAUGAGAUGCCCGUCUGUAAUUUGCUUCUGUUGUCCUUAUGAAAUGAAAGUUGAAGCUCCAGUCGGUGAAUCCUUAGGAAGUAUUGUUCAAAAUUAUGGACGACUUGGUCAUACAUUCUCCUUGAAAGACUGGAACGGGAAUGUACAACUAGAUCUAAAAGGUCCUUGGUUUUCGUACACUUGUUGCUUAGAUCUUAUAUUUAAGAUUUAUGCACAUGGCUAUCAUAAAUCGAUCGGACGGAUAAUACAUCGGUGGAAUCAAGAGUUCGACAGUUUCCGUAUCGACUUCCCCUUAGAUUUGGAUUAUCGUAUGAAACUACUGCUUAUAUGCGCCGCAAUAUUUUUGAAUACGAAAUAAGCGAAGCCCCUUCAGUGUAUAGAUAUAUUUACAGCAUAUACAUAUACUUGGUAUAUGUUGCAAAGUUCAGUGGAACACAAAAAUCUAAUGAAAACCAUCACAUUGAAAAU